GCUUCAGUCGGGGGGGGGGAACUAUCUUGACGGACCGUCGCUGUCUGUCGCUACUGUAAUGUACUGGAGAUGCCAAGAUGGCUGCAAGCAAUUAUUUCGGCUUCACACAUGGUGCCGGUCCGCAGUACAGUACCCAGCCUCCCCCGGCGUACUCCCAUCCCUCUACAGCCAGUUACAGUGUCCAGCAGGCUCCAGCUGUGGCUCAUGCUGUGACUGCGUCUUACUCUCCCGCUCCAGUCCAGGCAGCCCGGCCUGUGGUCUCCGCCCCUUACCCCGCCUAUCAGAGCCAUCAGGCUCCCCCUGACUAUGCUUACAGGCAACCAGACCCCCCAGCACCCCCACAGCCCACCACCACCCCACAGACGUACCAGGUAUACUCGCAGGACAACUAUAACUACGGGCGCCCUGCAGCUGUGACUACCUAUGACAAUAAACAGUACUACCAGACGACUAUAGCUCCGGCUCAGAGGACACCCACAGAGAAUUACUACCAGACUGUGGGAGUAAAGAGUGCUUACAGUCCAGCCCCCUCCACGGUGUACAGCCAGCCUCCUCCUCCCCAGAGGCAGGUAACGGCCCUGAAACCUCUGGCCCCCUCCAGUGCUGUGUCCACCAGCUACAACAUCUACCCAGUGUCCACCAGUGUCCAGCAGCCGCCCACACCCAUUUCGUCCUACACCCUCGGCUCCUCCUUUGGCUCCACCGUUCCAGCCACCACCUAUUCAGGCAUUAGCUACUCCAGUUAUGAUUCAACCGGCUACACCUCCACAUCCGCCCCCUCCUAUUACCAGCCGGCCCAGCAGACUCUUACCCAGCCACAGCCUCCACCUCAGCAUCAACAGCAGUCGCAACAGCCCCAACCCCAGCCCCCCAUCCAGCCACCACCAAAGCAGCUGACAAGUUCUUCCUGGAGUAACUCAGGCAGCAACAUGGUGACAGCUCCGGCUGUAAACACCUACAAAAAGCCCACAUUUCACCAGAACAAGCUGCAGAAGCCCAAAGGGCCUCCCAAGCAGCCCCAGCUCCAUUACUGUGACAUUUGCAAGAUCAGCUGUGCAGGUCCCCAGACAUACCGAGAGCACCUUGAGGGCCAGAAGCAUAAGAAAAAGGAGGCAGCCCUUAAAUCCGGGGGGCAGGCGGGGGCCAGCAACGGCCCCAGAGGCGUCCAGACUCAGUUACGAUGCGAGUUAUGCGACGUCUCCUGCACCGGAGUGGACGCCUACGCUGCUCAUAUCCGUGGGGCCAAACACCAGAAGGUGGUGAAACUUCACACCAAGCUGGGCAAACCUAUACCUUCCACUGAGCCAGUGUUGGUAAAUUCGGCUCCAGUUAUCACAACCUCGACAGCUGGGAAACCUCCAGUGUCCACGUCCACUCCUGCCUCCGUCUCAACCACUUCAACCCCCACUGUGACUCCCAAACAGGUGGCUGUAAGCGCCACGGCCAAAACAGCACCAGUCAAGAAACCAGCUCCCUCCAAAAUAACUGUCAUUUCCAAUAAGCCUGCCAGCGCUCCAGCAGCUGCAGUGACAGCGGUGGCGGCGGUGGUGGUUGCUGCCAAGGUGGAGGAGCCCACGCAACAUUCAGCUCAGAAGAUGGAGCCUCUGAGUGACGAUGAGGACAGUGACAGAGCUGGAGGCCAGGGAGACAUCCAGCCAGUGGGACACGACUACGUAGAGGAGGUCCGUAACGUUGACGGCAAGGUGAUUCGAUUCCACUGUAAACUGUGCGAGUGCAGCUUCAACGACCCCAAUGCUAAAGACAUGCAUCUGAAGGGAAGAAGGCACAGACUCCAGUACAAGAAGAAAGUGAACCCAGAGCUUCCUGUGGAGAUCAAGCCCAGUAACCGGGCCAGGAAGCUGCAGGAGAGCAAGCUGAAGAAGCAGAAGCAGAAGGCGGUGCUGAAGAGACAGAGGGAUGAUGAGCAGCGCUGGCACAUGGAGAUGAGGUCAGACUCAUGGCCAAAGCGAUAUGAGGAAGACAUGUACUGGAGGAGGAUGGAGGAGGAGCAGAUGUACUGGGGGGAGCAGAGACGCAGGAUGGCUCCUCCACCACUUAUGAGCCGCCCUGGUAUGCCAGUACCCCCUCUACUGACGUGUGUGCGUCGGCCAGACUCUCCUGACGAUCGACACAUCAUGGCAAAACACUCGACCAUUUACCCAGUAGAGGAAGAGCUGCAGGCUGUUCAGAGGAUUGUCUCCCACUCUGAGAGAGCCCUAAAACUGGUGUCAGACUCCCUGCUGGAUAAGGACACACCAGCUGUUGUUACCGCUGCUACUGAAGGAGGAGAUGAAAAAGGUACUGAGAACUCAGCACGGCUGCUAAAAGGUGUGAUGAGGGUGGGCAUCCUGGCCAAAGGCCUGCUGCUUCGUGGGGACAGAAAUGUGGAGCUCAUCCUGCUGACUGCUAAGAAACCCACCAUCUCUUUACUGAAGAACAUUGCCAAGCAGCUGCCGAAGGAACUGGAGACAUUUUCUGAAGAUCAGUAUGAGGUGCAGGCUCAUCCCGAGGAGGCGAACAUCGUGAUAUUUUCAAGCAAGGAGCCCAAAAUGCAGGUGACCAUUUCUCUCACCUCGCCGCUGAUGAGGGAGGACACUGCUGCUGAGAAGGACAAGCAGGCAGGAGGAAAAGCGGCUGAGAAAGAUGUGGCUGAGAAGGACCCUCCUGAUCUUCUGAAUAAGAGAAAAUGUCUGGAAUACCUGGCUGCUCUCCGUCACGCCAAAUGGUUUCAGGCUCGAGCCAACGGGCUGCAGUCCUGUGUGAUCAUCAUUCGGGUGCUUAGAGAUUUAUGCCAGCGGGUUCCCACCUGGGGGAAGAUGCCCGGCUGGGCGAUGGAGCUGCUGGUAGAGAAAGUGAUCAGCAGUGCUGCAGGCCCGCUCAGCCCCGGAGAGGCCAUGCGCAGAGUCCUAGAGUGCAUCUCCACAGGCAUACUGCUGCCAGGUCAGACAAAUAUACAUGAUGGACCAGGCUUGAUGGACCCCUGUGAGAAAGAGCCAACAGAUGCUUUGGAGAGCAUGAUGCUUCAAGCCAGAGAGGACAUAACUGCCAGUGCACAGCAUGCUCUGCGGCUGCUUGCUUUCCGUCAGAUCCACAAGGUUCUGGGCAUGGAGUCUCUGCCAGCGUCCAAAGCCAGCGCUCGCAACCGCAAACGCCGGCGGGACGGCAGUGAGACAGGCGAAGGCGAGGGCGAAGGCAAAAAAGACAAGAAGGAGGAAGCGGAGAGUGCUUGACCUCUACCUCCAGAGCGGGAGGCGUUUGCUAGUUUAGAGACUGGUAGAAUGUCACAACUUUAAAACUUUUCUUAUCUUGAAAACAAUCUUAACACGCAGCUAUACACAUAUGAAUAUAACUGACUGUACAUGUUACAUGUCUACCCUUGAAUUAGGAAGAAUAAUAUGUUGGAGGAAGAAACUGAAGUUUGAGAAUCUGUACUGCAAUCGCUUCUCCCGUAUCGUAAACUCCUGCAGAGAAAACUGGUCCAGUAAAUAAUCAUGAUAAUUACUGAUAGCGUCAUUCCAUUUCGGUGUAAUUGCACACUCACUUCUUAGGGGUGUAAUGGUACACACAAUUCACGGCUUUGUAUGGGGAUGACUCGGCUUGGAAGCUUUAUUCAAAUCAGUAUUCGAAUUUGAGCGGUCCACCCAGGUGUAUUAACGGCCUGCAACCCAUUUUAGCAUUUUGCAGAGAGACACAUUGUUACGGUACAAGGUGCAGACACUGUGGAUCUCCUGUUUCACAAACACGGACCAGGUAGAGCUUUCUGUACGUUGUUGGUUUCUGUCGCUUCGAUAGGUUACGUCAUUCACAACAAGGGUCCUCCACACGCUGCUCACCUGCUGAAUCACGAAAACAUAAGUUGUGUUCUUUCUACGACUUUAUAAAACCUACUGCUGAUGAAGAAAGUCAACAGACAGGCGGAGAGAAACUGAAGGGAAAUGCUAGGUGAGCGGAUUAGAGUAGUUUGAGAGUAAACACUAAUGAGACGUUGCGUUCCUGUCCCCUUCAGAGCCAACUUACCCUCUCUCACCACUAACAUGUGUUCCAAGCGUGUGAGUAGUAGACAUAAAUAAUAAUAAUUGUUUGGGUCACAGGGCGUACCGAACAGUUCAGGACGAAUACACUUACCGUUACACCCCUACUAACUACUGACCACCUCUCCCCAUUAAUUCACUAUAGUUAAACCAACACUGUCAACUACAGUUGUAUUGUUUUCUAUGAUGUUAAAGCCUCCAGUUAAAUCAUCAGCACCUUAAGCUUUAUUUCCAAAACAGUCUACCGCUCUUCAGGCUGGUUUAGUUUUACCAUCCGACUCUUGAGUCAGAACUCGCUGAACUAAUGUUGGUGCAUGACAUCUGUGUUUGAAAAAAGAAAGAUGGGUGUGAAGAUGAUUUGCGAGUGGCAGCGUUUAGGAUCUACAUACACACAGUACUGUGAUGUUUAUUGUGCCUGAGGUGACACACGAACCUCCUCCUUGAACUCUUCAUGUCGACUUUACUCCCUCUAAAGUGUCCUGUAAAGCCGUUUCCACAUUUUGAGAACUUGAGAGUUAAGUGGAGAAAGUUUUGAAAUCCAAACGGCCUGCAUCACACCUUUCAAAAACAAGGCUACACUAAAAUAACUUCCCUUGAAAAUGCGUCACUAGGGUUUUAGUAAGAAGUGUACAAAGACGAGAAAACUUUUGCUUUGUGCAGCAUCGCCCAUGAGGUUUUUCUGCAGAGGUCACACUGGAGGUUAAAUCUGUCUCGGAAGAGAGAGAGAAGUCUUAUGUUGCACAGUCUGUAGCAUGCUGAGGAAAUGAAGCACUUAAGAAAUGACAAUGUUACUGUAUGCAGCCAUAAUUUUAUCAUUUAAAUAAUAAUGCCUAGUAAUCUUUUUUCUUCCAGAGUAUGGUUAGCAGAAGAGAGAAGCUUUAGUCCGAAUUAUAAGACUGAAUAUCUACUGUAAUGAUCAAGUAGUCCUUUGACUUUCUUCCUUGUGCCUCCAUCAUGUUGUGUGUUACAAAAGUCUGAGUACGGGAACAUUUUGAGUUGUCAGGUUAAUAUUGUAAUGAUCUUAUUUCACAAAGAUGUAGAACAGGGAAGGGACAGUUGCACAACUCGUUUGGCUUGAAAGUUGACGUUUGAGAAUUGUUGUGCAGUUUUAGUUUGAUUUUUCAUUUACCAAGAGCAUCAUAUAAGUAUUGAUUAUUUUAUUUCUGAAGGAUGUUGCAAUCUAUUUUGUAUUGUUUAAACGGAAAGUGUGAACGUUGCUGUCUUAUUAUUUGAAUGUCUUUGUAGUGUUGCCUAAAAUUAAUGGGAGAUAUUAAAACACUUUUAAGCCA